GAACCUGAUAGACAGACAGACCAUGGAGCGUCUGGUUUUGUGUGUGCUGCUCUGUGUACUGCUGUGUGCGGUGCUGGUGAAGGGCUACAACUGCCCCGGCCGCUGCAUCUGCCAGCACCUCUCCCCCACUCUGACUCUGCUCUGCGCUAAGACCGGUCUGUUGUUUGUGCCUCCAACCAUCGACCGCAAGACCGUAGAGCUGCGUCUCACAGACAACUUCAUCACCAUUAUCCGCAGGAAAGACUUUUUCAACAUGACCAGCCUGGUUCACCUCACCCUGUCCCGUAACACCAUCAGCCAGAUCACGCCCAACGCCUUCCUGGGCCUGCGCUCUCUACGAGCCCUCCACAUGGAUGGCAAUCGCCUCAGUGUCAUCAAGAGCGACCACUUCAAAGGCCUGGUCAACCUCCGCCACCUCAUACUGGGGAACAACCAGAUCCACCAUGUGGCCCCUACCUCCUUUGAUGAGUUUGUGUCGACCAUCGAGGACUUGGAUCUGUCCAACAACAACCUGAGGACCCUGCCCUGGGAGGAGAUAGGCAGGAUGAGCCACAUCAACACCCUAACCCUUGAUCACAACCUGAUUGAUCACAUUGGAGCUGGGACUUUCACGCUCCUCACCAAGCUGGUUCGUCUGGAUAUGACCUCCAACCGGCUGCAGAAGCUACCUCCAGACAGCCUGUUUCAGCACGCCCAGGUGCUGUCAGAUGCCAAGGGCUCCAACCCAUCCUCCCUGGCGGUGAGCUUCGGGGGAAACCCUCUCCACUGUAACUGCGAGCUGCUGUGGCUCCGCAGACUGACCCGGGAGGACGACCUGGAGACCUGUGCCUCCCCAGAGCAUCUCAUGGAUAAGUACUUCUGGUCCAUCCAGGAGGAGGAGUUCAUCUGCGAGCCCCCGCUCAUCACCAAACACAUAUCCACCAAGCCCUACGUCAUGGAGGGCCAGGGGGUCACCCUCAAGUGCAAGGCCAUGGGAGACCCGGACCCAGCCAUCCACUGGCGCUUCCCCGACGGUAAGCUGGUGCACAACAACUCCCGCACUAUCCUGUAUGACAACGGUACAUUGGACAUCCUCAUCACCACCUUAAAGGACAGUGGUGCCUUCAACUGUGUGGCCUCCAAUGCUGCCGGCAUCGCCACAGCUGCUGUGGAGAUCAACAUGAUCCCUCUGCCAUUGCUCGUCAACAACACAUUGCACCACAUGCGCGAGGCCGAUCGGGGCCUCUCUGACAUCACCACCUCCUCAAAGUCAGGCAACGACACCAAAGGCCAUGACAAGCACCAGGACAAGAGAGUGGUGGUGGCCGAGCUGACCUCCUCCUCGGCUGUGAUUCGUUGGCCCUCCGAGCGCCACAUCCCAGGCAUCAGGAUGUACCAGAUCCAGUACAACAGCACUGCAGACGACACACUGGUUUACAGAAUGAUCCCGUCCACCAGUAAGACCUUCCUGAUCAACGACCUGGCGGCGGGCCGGGAGUAUGACCUGUGUGUCCUGGCGGUGUACGACGACGGCAUCACCUCUCUGACGGCCACGCGCGUGGUGGGCUGUGUCCAGUUCCACACGGCCAGCGAGGUCAGCCAGUGUCGCUUCAUCCACAGCCAGUUUUUGGGUGGCACCAUGAUAAUCAUCAUUGGCGGCAUCAUUGUGGCCUCAGUGCUGGUGUUUAUCAUCAUCCUCAUGAUCCGUUACAAGGCGCACAGCAGCCCCGAGGACAGCAAGGCCAGGGUCAGCUCCAGCAUGCACUCCCAGACCAACGGCAGCCAGCACAGACUCCAGCGCUCCACCUCCAAGCAACCUGCUGAGGACAGCCACCAGAGAGAAGCCCUACCGGUGGCAGCCAAGGAGUGCAUGGCCCUGGUGCUGAAGGUGGACAGUGACAAGAGGGAGUGGGACACCCCUCCAACCACUAUGGCCAUCCUGGAAGUGGAGCUGCCCCCCCUGCCCACGGACAAGAUGAAGAGGACCAGCCUGGACGUCCAGUGCUCCGGAUCUGGCCCCCCAUCGGAGGAUACACAGACAGACAGCAGCCUGACGGGCUCCACCAUGUCCUUGUGUCUCCUAGGCCCCAACGCCGGCACCAAGGAGGCCCCCAGGCUCAAGGACAAGAAGAGCGCCCUGGCCAACAUGGGGUUUAAUAAUGAGCUGGCACGAACUAGGCACAGGUUCAGCUUUGGGGGAGACUACUCCAUAUUUCAGAGUCACAGUUACCCCCGCAGAGCGCGGACGAGGCGGCACAAGUCCACCAACCAGCUCAACGUGGAGUCCUCACCGCUCGCCAACCGGAGAGUCACUUUCAGCAGCACUGAAUGGAUGCUGGAGAGCACAGUGUAAGAGAUGCAACCUGUCACACACAUACACACAGACACACACCAACAGUUUGACACAUACACAUUUACACAUCUAGCAAAUAAAG